AGCUGACUCCGGAUCAGAUCUUGCGCUGUCCGGAGGAGGAGGAGUAUUUACGGGACUGAGCCGGUUGUUGUGUGUGUGUGUAACGUCAGAAGACCCGCUGAAAUUCAAAGUUUGGAGGAGGAGACAGAAAGUUGUGAAACAACAAGAAGCUGCUGGUUUUUCUCUUCAGUCGGCGUCGAGCUGCUUCGUUAACACGGUAACGGUUUUUACACCGGCGACAUUUUGUCAGCUCAGCAUGGACGCUGAAGACGGCGUCAACCUGAAGAGGCCGAGAGCUCCUCUGUCCGACUCUGAAGACAACGUCUUCUCCUCGCCGUCAGAGGGAAACGAUGGACAGAAGCGGCGGCGUCUGGGAGCAGGCGGUCAGGAGAACCGCAGUCCUAAAGCAGCCUCCUCCUCCUCUGGACGCCUAACUGAGCUGGAGACGAAGCCGGACACGCCGAUGGUCCCGUCAGUCCGGUCCAGAGUCCAACAGCUCACCCAGAGACGAGACGGAGGAGCUCCUCUGGCCCAGCGCUGUCUGUCUGAUCCCGGAGCUGACAGCCCGUCCAUCAUCAUCCACGAGAAGAGAUUCAGAGAGCAUCUCCUCGGUGAAGGAGAAUUUCAUCAGCGGGUGGAGCGCUUCGAAGCGCCUCUGGUCUUCCAGGCUACUCCCGGCCCCAUAACGAGCCCGGCCAAUCCCUGCCCUCGCUCCUGCACCAACUUUGUGUCCGGCAUUCAGCAGAAACUCCAGGGAACUACGACCCCGAGCUCCAAGCAGGCUUCUCGCCUACGCCAGGAGCGCGAGCAAGAGUUGAGCCAGCUGCAGUUUCAACCAAUCAGUGAGAACGCCUGGCUGAAGCGGAGCAGCUCCGACCCCUCGUUAACUCAGGGAAGCACGCCUCCUGGCCCUUCGUUCUCCUCCUGGCUUCCUACGUCUAGACGGAGAGUUCAUUGGCCUCCCAUGCAGCCCUGGGACCAGGCUGAUGGUGACGGUGACAUGACAGAUGGCAGCUUCACUGAAAAUCUUACACCCGGUGCAGAGAAGAAAUCUUCAGAUGGAACAGGUGAAACAUCUGUAGAGCGUGAAAACUCUCUCGUCGAGCAGCUGCAAAAUCCCGAACAGGGCGAAGAAGUCCGGGAGGAGAACGAGCGCGAGGCUUCAGCCGGAAAUGAAGAACAGUCCCAAACCCAGACUGUGUUGAAGUUGUCUUUUAACGACGAUCAGAGUUCCUCCAGAGCUCCAGUCAGCGAGGAGCCGAGUCAUCCAGAGGAGGCGAACACGAAGGAAACAAGUGAAGAGGACGAGUCUGAGGUGUUUUCAUUAGAAGAACUUGAUGGUUAUUCGUACAGUGAAGAGGGGAUUGAGGCUUCAACAGAUGAGGAGUUAAGGUUGUGGAGAUAUCCUCAAAAGGAGGAAGAGUCCGUCACAGCUGAAGAACAGGAGGAAGAUGAAGGGGCCAGUGAAUGUGAUGUCUCUGCUGAAGAUGAGAAACUGAGACCUGAAGAGGACGGAUCAGAGCCAGGAAGCCGUUUAGAUCAGUCCAAAGACCAAAGGAACAUGGAGUCAAGUGAAGGAUGUUAUGAAGUCGCAGAUAUUUCUACAAUAAAACAAGAGCAGACGAACACAGGAGGACGUUCUCCUGAGGACGAGAGACGGCAACAGUCUGACGAGAUCCUGGAAGUCGAUAUAAAAGAAGAAGACGUGGAUCAGGAGUCAGACGACCGAGCGAAACAAACCGAUGUAUCUCAGCCUUUGAACGAGCCUCCAGAGCCCGAAUCAUCCGACGUUAACGGAUGUGAUGCAGGUGAGGGUUUGACGGAGGUCCAGGUGUCUGAACACCGCAUGGAGACGGAGGAAAUGGAGCAAGAUGUCGUCGAUGAAGAAGUUCACAGGACGGAGGGAGGAGAAAGCUCAAAGAAAGUCACGUUCAUCCUGGAGCCCGAGUUAAUCCACGACUCCACCCUGUCUGAGACCAACACCUCCAUGGAGUCCCGGGCGGAGACGAGCAUGUCAGACGCCGAACUGAGCUCUCACGAUGAGACCAACACUGCCGAGAUAAUCGACCAGAUGUUCGAGGAGGUGCUGGAAUACGCCGGAAGGAUGGAGGGCGAGCGCGUGGACGACGACGACACCGAGGACCACGACAGCGGCAUCGGCGCUUGCUCCGGUGACAAAGACAAGAUGGACACGGAGUCCGAGAAGGAGAAGAGCGAAGAGGAGGAGGCGGAGGCCAAAGAGAGAGAGCGCGACGAGAGCCAGAAGCCUGAAAGCAACGGAGACGAGCUGCUGACGUUUCCUCCCAGCGGCAUCCUCUCUCCUCUCAGCAAGUCUGUGGAGGCCGUGGUCACCCCGCUGCGACUGGCAGUGAGCCAGGAGUCCAACCCUCCAUCUCUGCUCCUGACUCCAGAAGAAACCUCCACCCCUCCAGCUGAAGCUGCUCCGCUGUACAGCAUCGAUGCGUACCGCACACAAAGACAGAGCAAGCAGCCCGCCAUCCAGAGCGUCACUCCGGGCGUUCAGAGACGAGCUCCAGAGAAGUCCAGACAAACUCAACCGUCCGUCAACACCAAGGAGAAGAUCACGGCUCUUAACGAAGAAGCGGGGAAGCUGCAGAGCGUCAUGAACCAGACGCUGCAGGCUCUGAGCUGCUGCACCGACGAAGAGCACGGACGAGGCUCGCUGGAGGAGGCUGAAGCUGAGAAGCUGCUGCUCGUCUCCUGUGAGAAGCGCUCGGCUCUGCUGGCAGAGGUGUCCAGGCUGAGGGAGGAAAGGAACUCCGAGUCAGGAGAGACGUCAGCAGAGGACUACGUUUCCCAGCAGCCCUGCAGAGGCACCGUCGGCAUCACAAACAUCCAGCUGCCUCUCAAAGUCGAGUUCGUUUGCUCCUCACACAACCGCACAGGUCGUCCGAGUCAUUACUUCUUCGUCCUGAUCCGCUACGGGCCCUGCAACAUCGUCGCCACCCCGCUGGCCACGGCCGCCGACGCUCAGAACGGAGACACCAUCUCCUUCCCGACAUCGGUCACUCUGAAGGACAUCCGCUCCUCGUUUGAAAUCGACGUGGAAGUCUACAGCCUGUCGCACACGUCUGGCGGUAACUGCAGCAUGGACCGAGCCACCACCAAGUCACGGGUCACACCGAGAAAGCUCCUGAACACGAUCACGAGAUCCAGUAACAGUCUGACGCCUGCCGCUCUUCCCGCUCUCAACACUCGACGCUCCAGCAACUUCUGUUUGGUCGGCUCUCAUAAGAUCACCCUGACCUCGCUGGGACACAGCAAGUUCCCUCUGGACAAGAUGAAACUUGAAGGCAAAAUCAGGAGGCUGCUGGGAGAUGAGUUUCAGGAAAAGGUGCCUUUUCUGUCUCCUCUAGAGGGCAACAUCUACCUGCGCCUGGACAGCGAGAGUCACUCCAACGUGCAGCACCAAGGCUUCCUGACGAUGUUUGAGUUGAUCAGUGGAUACGGGGUGUGGCAUCGCCGCUACUUUGUCCUGGACGGGUGCAACAUGUUUUACUGGAACCAUCCCAACGACAAAGAAGCUAAGGACGCAGAGGGCAGCAUCUCUCUGUCCAGCUCCCACAGUCAGUCUGUCAGACCCGUGAAGAGAGACUCGUGUGCUCGACCUUUCACCUUCGAGCUGGUGAGCAACAUCCAGCAGCAGCAGCAGGACGACAGCCAGGAAUCCAUGGCCAAGUGCUGGUUUUCAGCCGACACCAAACAGGAACGACUGGACUGGAUGGAGAAACUCAACCAGGCUCUUUUGGACUUUCACACGUGGAACCGAACAUCGGCCGAGAGUCAGACGUCGAACGCAUCCGACGGCAAGAACCUGAGGGAGAGCAUCCUGUAACAACAUGUCAACGGAUUCUAAACACGUCACAGCAAAAUGUUUGGGAGAUAUUAUCGUUUAUUUCUUUUAAUCUGAAUCCAAUCAUGACUGUUGGUGUUUUUUUUAUUUGUCCAGUUUCAGUUUCCAUUCGAAUAUUUUUAGUUUUUGUGGAAAUUCAGGUUUUAUUUU